AUGGACAGUCGCACCUCUCUCCUUGUUCUUGCGCUCGUCGUAUUCGCUGCUACUGGCGCUCUUUUAGCUCCAACAGCUGGAAAAUUGACCAAGUUGACGACGCCGAAUCUGGGUCAAGCCACUCAGCCGGAAACGGACGAUGAACGGAUGGUCCGGGUCAACAACGUCAAUAAUGAAAUAGUAGGUGAAUCCAGUGGAAUAAUGGAGAUGGUGGCGAAGAUUAAGGAUUGUAUCACCGGUCAGAAGCCGAAAGGGACAAACUGGCGUUCAGCAACAAACACGUACGGUGCAGAUGAACGACUAAUCCCGACGGAGGUUCAAACAUCGGAAGGCCAUUUUAAGCGGAUGGUCAGCAGCGUCUACAAGAGCACUGAGGAGGUGCGGAGAUUCAUUGAAUAUCAUCGAAAAGUUUGCCGUGCUAAAGGCAUAAUUGCGAAGGAGGAGUCGUUCAAAGAAAGGUUCAAGGUAACAUACGCCCCAAAUCAUUACUUUCACAAGCUGCUCGAGGAAGAUAUCACACCGGAUCAGUACUUUGAUGCUCUAAAGUUAAAAUCAUUGAUCGGUGGAGCCAAGGUUUUCAGUAACACUGUAAGCGAAAAAUAUCGCCAGUAUGUCGACUAUGACUAUGAAUACCGACUGCAUCUCCGAUCGAAGGGAUCUUGA